CUUUGUUUGCUUAAUUUAGACAAUUUGUGCCCAGACUUUUAGUCAGGACCAGGCCCUCAGGAAUCCACCGGGUAGUUCAGAAAGUUCAUUUUCUUGUUAACACUUAAUGUAAAUGUGUACCAGAAGGCAAGAGGGAAGGAACUGAACCAGAGCCAAGCAGGCAGCAAUACCUAAGAGGUUGGAUCCUUGUCACCAGCCCUAAAAUGUCUAACACAUCUAAGAGAAGCAGUGCCACUCAGGCAGGGCCAGCCAAAGUGGAGGUGGGCUCAGAAAUUAUGACUGUACGAAGCAACAGGGUAGUGGCAAAUAAUACCAUUAGCCCAGCAGAGAUUGUCAUCAGCAGUGGAAAGAUAGUUGACAUUCUUCCAAAGAGAAACUGGGCUAGACCCAGUGGAGAGAAGAUGCUAGAUGUUGGAGACCUUGUGGUCAUGCCUGGGAUAAUAGAUCCUCACGUGCAUAUAUGUGAGCCUGGACACCCAGCUGGUGAGGGAUUUACAUCUAUGACUCAGGCUGCAGCUGCAGGAGGCAUCACAACUGUCGUUGACAUGCCAUUAUACUGCUGUCCUCCAACCACAACCUUGUCUGCCCUUGAUAUCAAGCUCCAGUCUGCCAAGGGAAAGUGCCACAUUGAUGUUGCCUUUUGGGGUGGCAUUGUUCCUGGAAAUCAGGUUGAGCUCCUACCAAUGCUGAAGGCUGGAAUUCCCGGAUUUCAGUGCUUCCUAAUAGCCACUGGUGUGGAGGAUUUUCCCCAUGUCUGUCUGCAUGAUUUACAUGUGGCAAUGAAUGAACUGCAAGGCACAGACUGUGUGCUCCUGUUCCAUGCAGAACAGGAACCAAGUGACUCACUGCCUAUCCUAGAGGACACUACGGAGUACAGCACUUUCUUAAACUCACGCCCUGAUACCAUGGAAGUGGAAGCCAUCCUCACCAUUGCUGAGCUCUGCCUGCACUAUAAGAUACCAUGCCACAUCGUUAAUCUCUCCACUGCUCAAGCUUUGCCCAUUAUCAGGGAUGCUCGUCAGAAGGGAGCACCAAUCACUGUAGAAACGACCCACCACUACCUCAAUCUGACAUCUGAAUGCAUUCCUCCAGGAGGCACCUACUACAAAUGCUGUCCUCCUAUCAGGGAGAAGAACAACCAGGAGCAGCUGUGGGAAGCUUUGGAAACAAGAGAGAUAGACAUGGUUGUCUCAGCCCAUACUCCUUGUUCCCGAGACUUGAAAGAUUUGAACAGUGGGGAUUUUCUCAAGGCUCAGGCGGGGAUUGCCUCACUACAAUUUGGUCUCCCUCUCUUCUGGACCGCUUCAAAAUCCAGAGGGUUUUCCUUCCAUGACCUAGUGCAACUGAUGUGCAAAAAUCCUGCCAUUCUGAGCAGACUGGAAGACCGCAAAGGCUCACUCAGCCCAGGGAUGGAUGCAGACCUCAUGAUCUGGAAUCCAGAAAAGGAGUUUGAGGUGAAUAAAGACAUAAUUCAUCACAAGCAUAAGUUGACCCCAUACUUGGGUUUCCAGCUUUGUGGUGAGGUCUUUGCGACUCUUGUACGUGGCAGGCUGGUUUAUCUGAAUGGGAAAUUUGCACUGAAGCCACAAGGAGACCUGCUUGUGACUGAAAGAAAGAUACCCACAAGAAUCUCCUCACCUUACUACUAAUGGGGACGAGAGGACAACAAAGGCACUUGCCAAACCAAAGUGCCAUAGACAAAUCUGUGCAGAAGAAGAGAAGCUGGAAGAAUGGUAGAGGAGAGGAAGAUGAGUAACACAAAUAAACUGCCUAUAAUCUCAGUGAGAGCAGUUGCAACAGUUUCUGACCUUUUCCACAACUUCUGAAUCAAUAAAAAGGAGCCGUCAACACACAGCUCCAGCUGAUAUGUCAAGGAUAUGUGACAAUGGAACAGAAAAAGAUUAUUGGAGCUGCUUUGUCAUCCCUUUCCUUCUUGCUUUCCAGUAGUAUAAAUGAGAUUAAUAAAGAUCAGGGGUGGGGUGGGAGAGUCAGGGCAAAGGUCUGGAUCAUCUUUCAGCUCUUGAUGCUUCAUCUCAAAACGUUUAUUUUACAAAUUGUGGAUCUGAUGUUCUAAUUUAGUGUAACAGUGCUCACAGUGAAUCAAAGAGUAAUAAGCCAAGGUGUGAUAACUUGUCAAUACAUGUUCUUCAUUAUGGUUAUGACCUUAGAAACUAGAAAAAUGCAUAGGCUUUUGACAGAACACUUUAAUCCAAGGUAUAACAUGGAUUUCCUAAUCAGAAAAUGAUCAAACUGGGAUGUCAGGUAAAUGUGUUUGAAUUGUGCAUCUUCAGAUUCUUGCAGUUGCUCUGACCAACAGAGCAAGGAUGGGAAACCUGUGGUCCUCCAGAUGUUGUUGGGCUACUAUGCCUCUGUCAUUCCUGACUAUUGGACAUUCUGGCUGGGAAUGGAAUCGAUGGAAGUUGGAGCUCAAAUAACCAGAUUAAAGGAUACAAAAUUAUAAGUUCUCUCUCAGACACUGCAAACUGCACUGCAUGCAAAACAACACACAGCGCUCUGAUUUCAGAGUUCUUCUGAUGCAACAACCAUGAAGUUUUAGGCAUGCUACUGCCAGCCAAGCAUCCCUGAAUAGUUUAUUUUCUUCUGUUAGACUUCAUUUGAAAAUCCAUGGAAACAGAGUAAUCAUUAUGUGAAAGCUAAAGGGUAGUGCUUACCUUUGCCAGUGCUGUGCUAUAACAUGCAUUCUGCCAGGGCAUUUGGGUGUUAGCUUUUAUUAGCUGGCGAGGGUUCAUGGUACACCAAAAUGCUAAACAAAACAAAGAUAGAAAGCUUAAUAUCAGAGGCAGAAUUAGAAGCUGUGCUCAGUAAAAGGACAGAUAUUCAGAACCAAUGGUAUGGUUGUCUGACACAUAAUGAGCUUCCUGAAAAUGCAAAAGCCACAAAGGAAAAUUAUGAGAAAGGGUGGAAGGGAAAUGAUCAUGGUAAUUUAAGUCAGAGAAGCUGUACAUAAAGUACUUAAGUGCACUUCCAGACUAUUGCUAUUUUCAGGUGGGAUUCCAUCACAUACUAGUGAAUUCAGGUUGCACAAUUAAAAAUGAUUUGGUGCUCUUGUACAACAAACCUGCUUCCCUCCAAAAUUGGAUGUUUUGUAAUAAGGAAAGUGAUGAGGAAAUGCAUUAGAAGAACAAUUGCUUGGCACAAGGUUGUCUAACCUCCUCCCAAACAAAUCACAAUGAUUGCUCAAUAAAGAGCUAAUGUUGUCUAAA